GGAGCCCUGGAGCCGUGCGGGGAGUACCCAGCACAACCAGUAGGCUGUGACAGCCACCGCCUGGCCCCAGCAUCUUCUGGCCCUGUGACCUGAAAGGCCUCAAAGCCUCUGAUGUACGGCGAGGGAAAGCAAGGGAAAGGAGGGACUGGUGCCAGUGCCAAGGAGAAAAUUUCCUACAGCUCAGCCUGGGCCAGGGGAAAGAACAACAAACAGGCGGGAAGGGGACAGAUAAAUCCCAGCCGCACGGGGCAGAGCCGAGCUCUGGCAUCUCCUUCCUGCACCCCGUGUGGCCAGAUCCAGCCCCGGCGCCAUGCUUCUCAUCCCACUGCCAGCCUGGCUGGCCCUGGGCAUCCUGCAGCUGCCUCUCUUCAGCACCCAGGAGUGCCUGAGCCCGCAGCAGGUGCUGGGCGCGGUGCGGCAGAUGCAGAAGCUGCUGGCAGCGCAGGAGGCUGCCCAGCUGCGGGGCGUGCGCGGGCUGCGGAAGCAGCUCAGCCUGCUCCAGAGCCGCCUCCAGACAACGGCCACCAAGCGCAACGAGACGUGCCCGCCGCUGGCGGUGCCGCCGCACGGGCGGCUGCUGGGCCGCAGCGUGCGGGUGGGCCACGACCUCCACUUCGUCUGCGACGCAGGGUUCCGGCUGGUGGGCUCGGAGACGCGGACCUGCCGGCACGACCGCAGCUGGAGCGGCACCCAGCCCUCCUGCAGAAGUAUCGAUGACUGCUCCAGCAACCCAUGUGCCAACGGUGGGACCUGCGUGGACGGCGACCAGAGCUACACUUGCCUCUGCCCGCGGGGCUGGUCCGGCCCCAGCUGCCAGAGCCCCGUCUAUGCCUACUGGGUGACUCCGAACGCCACCUCCUUCAGCCGCCAGCCUCGCUGUGCCGAGGCCCGCUCGGGCUCCCGGCGCUGCAGCUGCGACUCUGGCUUCCAGCUGCGAGCCAGCGGCGUCUGCCGUGACGUGGAUGAGUGUCAGCUCUUCCAGUCCGGCCCCCAGACUCGGCUUUGCGUCCACAGCUGCCUCAACCUCCCUGGCUCCUACCGCUGCCUCUGCCCCCCCGGCUACCUGCUGCAUGCAGACGGCAACACCUGCGAGGAUGUGAACGAGUGCACCGAGAGGCAGCACAACUGCACCCAGGGCGACCUUUGCAUCAACACCUUCGGGGGCCACCGCUGCGUGCGCCCCAAGUGCCCCCCCCCGCGCCACAACACCAGCUACGUCAAGACCUCUGCCUUCCAGUGCGAGCGGAACCCCUGCCCCACGGAGAGCCGAGCCUGCCGCCUGGCCGCCACCUCCAUCUCCUUCCACUACCUGCCACUGCAGGCCAACCGCACGGUGCCCCACGUCCUCUUCACCAUGUCCGCCACCCACGCGGGGGGGGACAGCCUGCGCUUCGCCGUGGCGGGCGGCCGCGGGCAGGAGGUCUUUGCGGUGCGGCGCUCCGGCCGGCAGACAGCGGAGCUGCUGCUCAGCAGCCCCGUGGCGGGGCCGGCCACGCUGGAGGUGGAGCUGGAGAUGAGCGAGUUCUCCCGCGGGCUCCUGCUGGGCAAGCACAUCUUCAAGGUCACCACCUUCGUGUCCGCCUACGAGUUCUGAGCUUCUUCGGAAGCGGCCGUGGGGCAAGCCGGGGUCUCUCCUGGGGGGUGUCGGUGUGGGUUCAGCUCAGGGGUGCCAGUUCUUGUCCCGCGGCAGAGGUCCCGCUCCUGUACUGCUUGCUCAGGGCUGGCAGGGCAAAGCCAGCGCGGCAGAAACGCUGCCUGGUGCCAAGGCUGCAAGGAAAACCCCGGGGGCGAUGUGGGGAGCAGCCUGGGGCUGCCUGCCUCUGCUGCCUCCCCUUGGCUCUGCCCUCAUGGCACCGGGAGGGGCCAGCAGAGCGAGCUGGUGGCAUGUGGCGUUUGGGUCCAGCUCCUUCUAUCUUGUAACCUCCAAUAAAG